CCUCCGCCGCGUCUCUCGCGAGAUCGCCCCCGCCGUGCACCAGAUCAUCCUCAACGGCGCCGCCCUCCGCCGCAUGAUCAGCCACCCGCAAGCAUUGGGAGGUCCCCUGUGCCGCCGAGGCCGGCCGCACGACUCCUCGCCCGCGGCGUCCUCCCCUCGACACCGCCGUCGUCGGCAGCCGCGAGUUCGGCCUCCGCCUCCUCGACGCGCACCUCGUCUUCGCACGCCGCUUCGGCAGCACCGCCGCGUGCGGGCGCAACGCCCACCGCGGCCUCGUCUUCCCUCGACACCGCCGCCGUCGGCAGCCGCGAGUUCGGCCUCCGCCUCCUCGACGUGCACCCCGUCUUCGCGCGCCGCGUCGGCAGCACCGCCGCGUGCGGGCGCAACGCCCACCGCGGCCUCGUCUUCCCCCGACACCGCCAUCGUCGCAGUCGCGAGUUCAGAUCGCCUCCGACGCACACCUCGUCUUCGUGCGCCGCGUUGGCAGUACCGCCGCGCACAGGCGCAACACCCACUGCGGCCGCACCGUCACCGUAAAGAUCCUCCCCGUCGGCGUCGACAUGGCCCAGCUCCGCUCCGUGGUCGUCGCGCCCGAGGCCCUCGCCACGCUCCGCGACC